AUGUUUAUUCUAAACUCAGAUCUACUGAAAAGAAUUGAUGAUACUGCACCCAAACCGAAGGAUGAAAAACCACAGAAUGAAAGUGAAGAAAAAUCCAAAGAGACAGCUGAAAAGAAAGCAGAAGAAACAGCUGAAGAAAAAUCUGAAAAGACAGUUGAAGAAAAGCCAAAAGAAACUUGUGAAGAAACAUCUAAAAAGACAGCUGAAAAACCACCAGAAGAAACACUUGAAAAACCUAAAUCAGAAGAGAAUAAAAAUGCAACUGGCAUGGAAGAUGAAAACUCCUCUAAAGGCAAACGAAAAGGAGAAAAUGAGGAUGACAACAAUCAACUGAGCAAAAAGAAAGCUAGAACCUUUGGAUACAAAGAAGACCCUUUCCUUUUCCUUAAAAGAACAGAUGAAGUAUGGCCACCUAUCCAAAACUUUUUCAAAAUUUCUGAUGAAUUUCCAGCUGAACAGUUGAUGUACCGCAGUGAAACUGGCAAAAAGCGUACUUUGUACUUUGUUUCCAAAGCCGUACUUCAGGUGGUUAAGCAUAACUCUGAAAGAAUCAAGAUUAUCAAUGUUGGUGUGAAAAUGUUUGGUCGAAGCCCAUCACCAAUUGUGCCUGAUUGUGACUUCAGGAUUAACCAAGAGGGUUUGGCAUGCCUUCACCAAUAUUUCCCUACACGUCGUGUGGACAUUAGUAAGGAAGAUGUGAUCACACUGCUAAGCCAAGAAAAUCCUUACCUCACCAGCCUUGGUGACAUAGCUUUCCAACAGCUAUCAUUAGUAGAACCAGGGAGUUGUAUUUUUGUUUUCAAACCAACAGAAAAAGACCCUGAACCUGACUGCGAAAUGAUAUUCUGUGGUUGGAAAGGCAAAAUGUCUGUACGAUCUUUUGUUAGUAAGCAUGCACGUUCCCAUUAUUUGCGACUGUGUGGAGUGGAACUUGAAGAAAUACAAAAAUCGGCUGCUGCUAAAAAGGCUAAGGAAGAAGAUAAAGAAGAAAACAAAGAUGUUGAUGGUUUCAUCAAAAUAGAUAGUGAAAGUGAAAGUGAAAAAGGUGGGGGGGAUGAGGAAGAGGAGGAAGAGGACGAAGAAGAGGAAGAGGAGGACGAUACUUCAAAAGAAAAAAUGGAAGUUGAAGUAAAAGAAGAAACAAAGAAAGCUGAAGAUUGUGAUCCAGAAGUAACCUUAAAGGAAGAUGAACCCAUGAAAUAA